AUGAGGCUGCGUAAAGCAGCGAGCAAGUGCGAUUUUACAAAUUGGUCGGCGGAGAAAAUGAUCAAAAGCCUGAUCAUCAGCAAUAUGCAAGAUGACACCCUUCGCCUAAAAUUUUUACAGAAGGACAGAACACUGGACCAAAUCUUAGAUAUCGCUAGAAAGAAGGAAGAUGCUGUGGCCCGAAGUAAAGUAAUAGACAGGGACUCGCGACAGGUAGUCAACAAGGUGGGUGCCAAACGAUAUCAACCGUUACAACAGAAGGGGACCACAGAUCAGUGCAAUCGGUGUGGACACGAGAACCAUUUCCCUGCUUCGGAGUGCUCAGCCAUAUCCAGAAUCUGCAAUUACUGUAAAAAGAAAGGACACUAUGCCAGCAAGUGCUUCAAGAAACAAAAGGAAGCAGGAAUCAAACGCAUCGAAGCAGAACUGCAAACUGACACCGGAACCGACACCAACUCCGACACUGAUGAGUACGACACAGCCAAGAUCGAAUUAGUUAACAAUCUUGGGAUGAGGGAAAAGCCAUCGCUGAUGAGAGUCCGCACUAACGACCAAGAAGUUCUGUGGCAACCGGAUACCGGGACCCAAAAAGACGUCUGGGAUGAGGCACACUUCCGCAGCUUUAAAGAAAAGACUCGGGGGGAAGUAAAGUUGACACCGACAAACAUCAAGCUAUUUGCAUAUGGGGGCAAGACACCACUGGCGGUCAUCGGUUCAUUCAAGACAGUGCUGACAGCUGGGGAUCGGACAGUCGACACUGAGAUAUAUGUGACAUCUGAACCAUCCGCCUAUCCACUACUUUCCGAACA